AGUUAAGUAAUUAUUGCAAUAGCGGAAAUAAAUUAACCGGUAACAAUAAUCAUUGCUAUCAUUUGGCUUUGGCAGUCGUAAAACGAACUUAGAGGUAAGUUGACUUCAAAAUACGCUGUAACACUCAUCGAGAUUCCAUUGCAUUAUUUAAACCGUUCAUUUUUCCAAGUCAUAUCUUACAUAUAAAGUAUAUUAUUAUUCAUUCAAAAUAUUUCUGAAUUCUGAACAAGAUUACCUCCUGUUUUUUCCAAACCUAUUGGCCUAUUUCUCAGUACGGUACAGAUGUUUGUCCUUGCAGAUACUCCUUAGAAAGUAGAUAAAAAUCAUCGAGUGAUAUGUUUAGCGCAUUUUUAUAAUACUCCCGUUCAGAUUUAGUUAGAAAUCAGCUAUUUUGUUUUUGGAUAUUCUUGAAAGGCAUUUCUUUCUUUUAGUUCACUCGUGAAUAAACAUCCUUGCGGCUUGACCANUGUUGUUGUUGUUGUAGUCUGGGUGGUGUUGGUGAUAUCAGUUGUAUGGUGUGGGAUUUGGGUUGGGGUGGUUGGUGGGGGGGGGGUGGGGUGUGUGGGGGUGGGGGGUGGGGGGGGGGGGGGUGGGUGGGGGGGAGCGAUUAGAGCCUUUAGUCUAGGUACAUAACAUCCUAUUCGAUCUCCUACUCAGCCUCAUUCAAUAAUUGCUGUGUUGAUUAUAUUCAUUGAGUUUUCCUUUGACCUACUCAGGAUAUUUCAUAUCAUGAUCAAACUUUAAUUCUAGUGCACAAGUUAGCCGGACCUUGAUGAUGCGAUCACGAGUUAAAGUGACCACCAUGUUGCUUGUACUGAUAUUUUGGCUCACUGGUCUCUGCUCUGCUAAGGACAACAAACCACCAGACACCAAGGUAACUGCAUUUAUACAUAUAUCAGAUAUUGCCACUACACAUUUUUUUAUUACAGUUAAAUAAUGUUAGUUUCUAGAGACAAUUAGGAAUGACCCAUUAUAUGUUAAUUUAACCAAAUCAGUCUGCAGGUUGAUUAAGAAGACUACCAAAUUCAGACGAAAAAUAAGAUGGUAUGAUUACUUGUACAACUUGAGAGAGAACAUUUUCACGUUUUAAACAAUCAAAAUUAACAUUUUUACAAAUUAUAAAACAGCUUCUUUACUGGAAAAUAAAUUUCUUCUUACAAAAUCACAAUUGACGAUUUCGUUAAAAAAAAAAAAAAUUAAAACUUGGAAAAUUCCGGAACUACCUCCUCGCCUGAAGUGAAAGGCUAGAUGACAGGUAAAAUUGUGAAGAGCUACAGCAGUUUGUCGCUGACUUUUUUCUCUUUUUGGCAGCCUCUUCAAUCUUGUCCAUCCUGUAAUAAUGGCGGACAAACCGGGAUGUGGACAUACAUGACAUGCAUCCCAGGAGCCCCUGGGGCACCUGGUCGAGAUGGAGCCAAAGGAGACCUGGGCAGCCCGGGGAAAACUGGGACCCAGGGACCACGUGGUGCUGAUGGAAAGAAAGGAGCAAAAGGAGAGUCUGGGAUCCAGGGUUCCGCCGGACAAAAAGGAGAGCGAGGGGACAAAGGCGACAGUGGAACGCCACGACUGGCUUCACACAUGAACUGGAAAGAGUGUGCUUGGAAAAAGGAAGACGGCACAGAUUCAGGACUGAUAUAUGUAAGUACGGAACGUCACUUUGUUAUCCGAGUUAAAUAAUAUUCUAUUAGCUCAAAGUAAUUAAUUUUUACUGAAAUGAUUGAUUGCUAUAAUUCUGAAGUCAGCGCGCGGUCAGCGAUGAUGACGGCUGCUUCUUUUGAAGCUACGUAGUUUUCUGUUAAAGCCGGGCCAUAAUCGGUUUUAUUACACUGUGUCCUUCUCCAUUCUUAACUUUCUCGCUACUCUUAUGUACAUGAAUUUUUUUUUUUGUCGAAACACCUUGUGUUAAUUAAUAUUGUACAACUGAUGUAUUAUUUUUUUAUAGACUGGAGUAAAUAAAAAUAAACUACAAUACGUAUGCUGUUUCUUUAUAUCCCGUUUAGAACUGUGACUUUGUGAAGAAAUACGCGGACACUGCCCUCCAUGUCUACUUUGCUGGUAACCUCAGGGUUAGCGGAUGUGACAGCUGCUGUAGUCGCUGGUAUUUCACCUUUAAUGGAGCCGAGUGCAGCUCUCCUGGAACUAUUGACGGUGCAUUCUACAUGCAAACAGGCAAAAGCCAAAAUCUUCUCCGUCACCGCCACAUUGAAGGUCACUGCAACAACAUUCAGAAAGGAAAGGUGCGAGUGGGAUUCUCGGUUGGAAAAUGCGUCACAGGACAUAAGCUUGCUGACGCACACACUGGUUGGCAUUCAAUGAAUCGCAUCUUCAUUGAAGAAGUACCGAAAGCUCAACAGUAA